GAGAGUGCCCGCAGCGCCCCUACUGCUCAACAGCUUGUUAUUUGGGUGGUGAGAGAACAGCGCUGGGCUGAAAAGAGUGACACUCGGUCCGUCAGUGAGUGGGAGCCGCCGAGCCCGGGCUGGCCGAGGGGGGCGGAGAAGAAGAAGAAGGCGGAGCAAGGCGGGACAGCCCCUAUUGCUGCCGCUGCCGCUGCUGCUGUCGUCGUUGUCGCCCUCCUCCUCCUCUUUGGCCGCUGCUGUCGCGGCUUGUUCCUGGUGGGGGUCGGACGGUGCCUUCGGCCGGGCUGCCCGCGCUCUACGCCGGGCGAGGGGACCUGCCGCCGUGGACUGCACUCGGCAGUUGCAAAGAAAGAGGGAGCAACAGUGAUGACUGAUGCAAAGGAAGUGGAGAUGAGCAAGAGGAAACUAAGAUGCAAGAUAUGCUGACAUGAACAUUCUAGACUUUUACAGAUUGCUGUUUAUAGCACCAAAAGUCAGUUUUUUUAAUGACUGACCACAGUUUUCCUAGAUUUUCUUCAACUGUGGUACACAAAACGCUUUGAGCUGGAAUCCCUCAAAUAACCUUCAAAUAUGAAGGCAGCAGAUGAGCCUGCCUACCUAACAGUGGGAACUGAUGUCAGUGCCAAAUAUCGGGGUGCAUUCUGUGAGGCAAAAAUUAAGACAGUGAAAAGACUAGUGAAAGUUAAGGUGAUCUUAAAGCAAGACAAUUCAACACAAUUGGUGCAAGAUGAUCAGGUGAAAGGACCUUUGAGGGCUGGUGCAGUUGUUGAAACCAAGAUGCCUGAUGGAACCUUUCAAGAAGCUAUCAUCAGUAAAUUGACAGAUGCCAGCUGGUAUACCGUGGUUUUUGAUGACGGUGAUGAGAGGACAUUGAGACGGACCUCGCUGUGUUUGAAGGGGGAGAGGCACUUUGCUGAAAGUGAGACACUUGACCAACUGCCACUAACAAAUCCAGAGCACUUUGGAACACCUGUAAUUGGAAAGAAAUCUAACAGAGGAAGAAGGUCAUCUCUUCCUGUCAAUGAAGAUGAAAAAGAGGAAGAAACUAGUGAAGAGGAAGAGGAAGAUAAGAGACGUCUUAAUGAUGAAUUGCUUGGUAAAAUUGUCAGUGUGGUAUCCAGUACUGAAAAGGGAGAAUGGUAUCCAGCUUUGGUCUUAUCCCCCAGCUGCAGCGAUGAUAUUUUAGUGAAAAAGGACCAGUGUUUAGUUCGUUCUUUUGCAGAUUCCAAAUUUUAUUCAGUAGCAAGAAAGGACAUUGAAGAAUUAGGUUUUACAAACUCAGAGCUACCUUCCAAUAAAGGGGUGCAAGAGGCAAGCUCAUUCUUCCAUUGGAAAACUAUUCCUUCUAAUUGGAAGAUGGACAUGCGUGAAAUCUUGGAAUCCUCCAGUAGUGAUGAAGAAGAUGGAGGAGAGACAGGAAGUAAUGAUGAAGAAGAAGAAAAAGGAGAACAGAAAGAGGAAGAAGUAGUGCCUGAGGAAGAGCUUGAUCCUGAAGAGAGGGACAAUUUCCUCCAGCAGCUUUACAAGUUUAUGGAAGACAGAGGAACUUCUAUCAAUAAACCACCUGUUCUGGGCUAUAAGGACCUUAACCUCUUCAAACUUUUCAGACUGGUAUAUCACCAGGGUGGGUGUGACAAUAUUGAUAGCGGAGCUGUAUGGAAACAAAUUUAUAUGGACCUUGGCAUUCCUAUUUUGAAUUCAGCUGCUUCCUACAAUGUGAAAACUGCGUAUAGAAAGUAUCUUUAUGGUUUUGAAGAAUACUGCCGUUCUGCAAACAUUCAGUUCCGAACCAUCCACCACAAUGAACCAAAAAUAAUUAUAGUACAGAAAAAAGAAGAGCAAAUGGAAGAAAAGGUAAAAGAAGAGCCUGAAAUGUCUCCUGUAGAGGUUCAGAAUGAGAUGGAAGAAAACAACUGUAGCAGUGAAAGUGAAAAAGAAGAACUGGAGCAGAGGUCUCAACGGGGACGAAGAAGACAUAUCCGUGAUGCGUCUCUUGUUAAAAAAGAAGAUGAAGAUGAUAAAAUACAAGAUAAGCUAAAAGACAGUAAUAAGGAGAACAAAGACAUAGAAGAGAUUUCCAGUAAUGCAGAGAAGAUUGAAAAUGAUAUGGCACUUGCAAACAGAAAGACUACACCAAAGCAAAAGGAAAAGAGAGCAAAACAGGAAGAGGAAUCUGACAGGGAGUCAGAUGAAGAGGAAGAGAGAAGCAGGGAAGAACUUGAAAAUCAAGAAUCGGAAGGAGAGGAAUGUGAAGAAGAUGCAGAACCUUGUCUUACAGGAACCAAAGUAAAAGUAAAAUAUGGCCGUGGUAAAACACAGAAAAUCUAUGAAGCCAGUAUUAAAAGUACAGAAAACGAUGAUGGAGAGAUUUUGUAUUUGGUGCAUUAUUAUGGCUGGAAUGUUAGAUACGAUGAAUGGGUAAAAGCUGAUAGGAUUAUUUGGCCUGCAGAAAAAGGAGGGCCAAAGAAGAAACAAAAGAAAAAGGCAAAAAGUAAAGAAGACUCUGAAAAAGAUGAAAAGAAGGAGAAAGAGGAGGAGAAACAAAAGGGAAAGCGUGGACGUCCUCCUCUGAAAUCAACUCUUCUAUCAAAUCUCUCUUGUGGUCUGUCUAAAACUCCUAAUAGUGACAGUAAAUCAGGAGUGCGAAGUGCACGCAGCAGCCUGCUGGAUUGUUCACCCCUGCUUAAUGGGACAGAAGGUAUGCCUCGCAGGCAAACAAGACGUAGCUCAGGAAUGUUGGAUUCUGAUAGAGGGUCAAAUGACUCCGUUUCAUCAGAUAGUGAAGCAGAUGAAGCUUCUGAAAAGAACAUUAAUGAAGAAUUUUCUCCAGCUAGUUUUGAAAUGGAAAAUGAAAAACGAACAGUUGAUAAGCCUGUUGAAGAGAUUGCAAAGAUCUCACAAAUGUUGAAAGAGAAUGAUCAGAAUCAAGUUCAUCCUUUAGAAAAAUUGAAAUUAGAAGGUGAAGAGAGUGAACAAGUGGUUCAGAAUUGUGGAAAUAAAAAUGAUCAAAUAGAAGAUGUGAAAAGAGAGGUGGAGAAAUCACCUAAAGGAAAAGGCCGGAAGAACCGAACAAGAGAGUCUUCCCUAGAGAAUUCAAAGAAUGCAUUACUAAAUCAGGAAGAAACAACCAAUGAACCUGAUGCAGAAUCUGAACGAUUAAAUCCUUCUUCCUUGGAAAAUAAAGGUUUGAGCUCUACUUCUGAAAAUGAAACAGAUCUCUGGGCAAAAGAUAAGAAGCUUAUGAAAAGAAAAGUGAUAGAACAGCCAUCACCUGACAAAAGGGUACGACAAGAGGGUGAGCUGCCUGUGCCAAACAUUGUGACUGAAGAGAAGGCAAAUGAAUGUUAUGGGGCAGAAGAAUGUAAGGAUUUCAGUGGUGAUGACUCUCUUCGAAAUGAGAAUGAAGAAAUGCCAUCAUUAGUGGCAGAAUCAGAUCAACGGCUCCAUGUUCGGGGAAGUGAACCCUUUGAUGGUUCUUCAGAGGAAAACCGUAGCACACUGUUGAAAGAUGAAGAUGACUCCAUGCCUCAGAUUGGUCCUGAAACUCUCCUUUGCCAUGAAGUGGACUUGGAUGAUCUUGAUGAAAAGGACAAGAAUGGACCUGAAAGUUUGGUUGCAGAAAAACAAGAUGGUAGUAACCUCACUUCAAAUCCCCCUAUGUUACCUUCUGUGAUCCAGCCAAAUUUCUCUGUUGCCUCACCUCUAACAUUUAGUCAGGAUGAAUCACCAAGCAUAAAAAGUGAAAGUGACAUGACCAUUGAAGUGGACAGUGUGGCUGAAGAGUCUCAAGAAGGCCUCUGCGAGAAUGAAUCUGCCAAUGGGUUCGAAGCUUCCAGCAACUGUAGCAUAGCUGGUCCAGAAAUUGGAGAAAAGGGACAAAAAAGGCCUGGGGAUAACAGUGGUAGUUCACUGGCAAAGCGGCAAAAGAGAACCCCCAAACGAGCAAGUGCGAUAGUCAAAAGUGAGAAAAAUGGGACAGGGCAAAGCAGUGAUAGUGAAGAUCUCCCUGCCCUUGACAGCUCAAGUAAAUGUACUCCUGUAAAGCAUAUUGGUGUAACAAAGCCACAGAAGCUCAAUCGAUUGCCUGCCAGAGUGGUAUCUCCUAAUAUCAAAGAUGGGGAUAAGGAGAAGCAGAGAGAGAAGAACCAUCAUGUUUCCCCAAGAGUGUACAAAUGGACUGUCCAGCUUAAUGAAUUGGACAAUAUGAACAGCACAGAGAGAAUCUCAUUUCUACAAGAAAAACUACAGGACAUCAGGAAAUAUUACAUGUCUCUGAAGUCAGAAGUAGCGACGAUUGACAGGAGAAGAAAACGAUUGAAAAAGAAGGACCGAGAAGUGUCCCAUACUGGAGCUUCCAUGUCCUCUGGCUCUUCAGACACUGGAAUGAGCCCAUCCUCACCCUCCCCUCCACAGAGUGUGCUUGCUGUUGAAUGCAGGUGAUACUGGUAAUUAUCUCUGCUUCAUGCAGCAAAUUGCUGCCAUGGACAGAAAUCCGAAAAUUUCACAGAAAGCACCCAGUUGGUUUGACAUUGCCAAGUAUAUUGUGUAUACUCUUCCACUGCUGGACUUGUCUGUCUCUACUCCUUUGUGCCCCUUCCUCUAUUUUGUCCAUAUAGUUUUUUUAAAACAACACAUUUUAUCGUGGCGAAUAAUCUAAUUGGCAACUAAAGAUUUAUGGGUGCACUUAAGACACCUCUGUCUUAUGCUUUGUUUUUUUACUUUGCUUUAAACGGAAAAAGGGCACUUAAUCUGAUUUGAAAACACAGGUAUCCAAUGAAGCAUUGGGCAUUGUAAAAAAACAGCUUUCUUUAAGUAAAAGAGUAAGUGCACCAAAAA